GAUAGACAACUCAAGAGGUAUGCUUAGAUAUGCAUGCUUAAGCAUAAUGAUUAUGGCUCUAGAUUGCAGGAAAAAGUUGUUUCAGGUGUUUGAGAAAUGCAAAAUUGUCCAACUUCCGGAUGGAGGGGCAUACCACCUACGGAAGACCCUCCAGGCAUCCUCGUGCAUUUUGUGCCCCCUCAGAUUUUGCGGGUGCAUGACGCCCCUGCUCCCAGACAGUCCUUUCAAAAUUCUUGCUUGAGAAAAAGCUCUUUGCUGGGAAGCUAUUUUUUCUUUCUUUUUGACCCUAUUAAUUGAAAACAAUCACGGUAAGGUACUUAACUGUUGCCCAGAAAUGAUUUGAUAUAGAAAUACAAACGGCUCCAUUGGACCUUUCAACUGACCACACAUUCUCAAAUCCCAUUUAAAUAAAUACCAACAGGUCAGUUCCUCUAACCUGGCAGGCUGGACUUUUUUUAUUUUGAGCGUGCCUGUCUUUACUCCUGUUCCACUGAUGUAUAAAUACCGGCUGGGUCCACAUGACAGCACUACACUCCAGCCAGGCUCACACUCUGCUUAUAUCUCAUUAUCAAGAUGAACAUGUUACUGCUCAACGUCCUGUAUCUCAUCCUACAUAUGGCAUCGAGCAGCCGACACGAGACCGUUGUGACUCUCGUGCCAAAUGUACUUGUCGUCAAGGUGGAUCAAAAGGUCUUCACUGAGACGCAGGUCCCUCUGCGAUGCGGGGACUACCAGGACACAGAGGUGAUCUGGAGGAAUGGCGAGGAGCGUCUCGAAAACAAAGGGAACCAGAUAAAUGUGGAAGUGGUCGAGAUGAUGGGAGGGAACUACAGCUGCCACAACGCUGCUGGAGACUACCUCAACCACACUCUGGUGCUGGUGCAGGACAUACCAUCACCCAACAGAACGAGACGCGUCCUGGAGAAAUCACAUGACACAGACGAGUACAUCAGAUGUUUGUCGAAAAAUUACAGUGGAAUAUUUCAUUGCUCUUGGAAGAAGACCGAAUAUCGGAUGUCAGCAGGUGUUGUUUUUGUCCAAGUAGAUCGCACCAUCUCCUGCUCCGUAGACAGUGAUGGUGAAGGCCUGACCUGUCAGGACCGGGAUAGCUGCCCCUUUGCUGAGGAGUUGUCCCGCAUCAAACUCACUGUAUACUUCAGGACUAACUACCUCCUAGAGGACUACACCAUCACGCCCUUCUACAUCCGAGAAAUAGUGAAACCAGACAAGAUCGACAUCACCAAGGUGGAGGGGAACACAUUUCAGUGGAAGUACCCGGCGACAUGGAGCCGCCCAUGCCCUUACUUCCCCCUCACAUUCCGAGUCAAAGUGGUCCAACACGAGGCAAGCUGUGACUCUAAGGAAAAGGUGUUGAUAAGUGAAACCAACAUAAAUGCAACAGAAUUCACUGUUCGUUCCAGCUACAAAAAAUAUUGUUUCUGCCUCGGGGCAAAGGAUGACCUGGUUGACUCCCAAUGGAGCCAGUGGACACGUCAUGAGGUGAAGAAUAAACCUAAGAAACAUUGACAGGCAAGGAAACCCAGAUGAAGAGCGACAACAUACCAUUCCUCAGCUUCAACCAAUACAUCCAAAUAUGUAAUAGUCUGGUCACUGUACAGAAACAAAUAUUUUACAUUAUACUGAAGACAAGUUAUGAAAUGUAGCUAGUAUACCAUGUUUGUUGUGAUUUUUAUUUAUUUAUUUGUAAAAAUUCUGAAAUGUAAUUACACCAUUAUUUAUGUUAUGUCAUCUCUUUUCCAAGAUGGUUGUCAUUGCUGUAGCACGAAGAUGUUUGCUUAAAUGAUUAAAUAGACGCAAAAAUAAAAAGGUACUACACUCUGAUUCACGCUCAUGUUCAUUUGUUUGCGUCGGAAUCAACAAAGCAAAUCAUAUUUAGAUGACUUUUCAAAAAACUUGGAACAGGUGAGUAUUUACAAUGGUUUACACUAAUUCAAAAAUGACGAGACGACUGUGUGUAAAAAUCGGACUCCAAAAGCGUAUUUUCUAAAAAGUGUAAUCUUUUAUUUACAGUCGGGAUACGUUCACAACCGGAAUCCGGUGUCCGUUUGUUAAAAACAUGUUUGCGUUGUCCGACACUCAUCCUACGUACUUGGACAGUGAAACUUAAAACUUUUAAUUUGGCACUACACUAUGGAUUUCAGAUCAACAUGUUUUAUAUGAGGUGAAAGCAUAGAAUGUCACCUUUUAUUUGAAGGUGCUUUCUGUUUUACUGUUUAGGAAUGAAUACACUUUAUGUAUCUAGUCCCCCCCAUUUGAAGGGGUCAUAAGUAUUUGGACAAAUUCACUUAGUGUAUUAAAUUGUCAAAAGUUGAGUAUUUAGUUUACAUUCCUAGUGUGCCAUGGCUACAUCAAGCUUGACUGUACAGACUUUUUGGAUGACUUUAAUUUCUAUUGUGCACAACAUAAUCUAAACAUAACCAAAACAUCCAACAGGUUUGUAGGGGCAUUUCUAAAAAGUAAAAACAGAUGUAUAAAAAUACCAUCAAAUAAAAAGGUGACAUUAUGGACUGUUGCAUCAUAUAAAACAUUUGAUCUUAAAAUCCUAAAAUCUGGAGUAUAGAGCCAAAUUAAACAUUUUAGUUGUUUCACUGUCCAAAUAUAUACAUAGGGGAGUAUAACAACAGUCUGCAAAUGAAAUCUCACAGGACAAAUGUGAUGGUUUCCUCAACUUUCACAAAUCAUGUGAUUGUGAAGCAAACUUAACUGAGGUAACAAAUAUGACAAGCUGAGAACUAAACAAAUAAUAGUUUGAAAAGUGCUGCUUCAGCAACAGACAUGCGUUACCAUACAUACUGAAUGUCAGUUAUCCAAGUGUGUAUUCAGUGCCUAAGAUGCAUGUAGACAAGAGUACACACAGCUUGGUAAAUGAGAGUACCAAAGACAGUACAGUAUGAAGAUAGGCUAAAACAGCUUCUCCAACAGAAAUCCCCAAUCCCACCCGUAGAUGAUGUCAUGGCGACGUUGGAUAGCUAAGCUGGUUUAGAAGCACGUCGUCGGGUCUAAAAGGCCAUCAAAUCAAAGGCACUCCUUCGAUAUAAAGUUUUGGACGAAAACGUGUCAGUUUGUCACAAGGUUGGAGUAAUAGCAUGUUCAACUACCUAAGACAUUGGCUCAAAUCUAGGUUGUGCCUUUAGAUUGAGAAAACAUGUACUACUAAGGAAGAAUCAUUUCCCUUCUCCCAUUGACGUCUCAAACAGCUAGUCUGUUUCGCAAGCGUUUUCCGGAAGCUCGCGAUGUUGCGCCUCUGGGUUUAGAAACUCUGUGAUAGUACCUUAAUUUAACAACGGAAAUGCUUAUUUAAAAAUUGACCUUUGCCACCUGACAUGAAGGUAGCAAAACAUAUUCUUUACAAGAAAACAAAGUUAGUCUGUAAAAUAAAUAUUUGACAAUCCAAAACAGAAAAUAACAGAGUUGAAAAUAUUCUGUAAACCCUGACAUGUGUUCAUAUCCUCUGAUAGCGGUUGAUCUUUAGAUUAUUGCAUAACUUUGCGGGGUGACGUGAGAGCAUUGAUGCUUUAGUGUUAGAGCUAAUAAAGCAAAAUGUUGGCAAAUAUUGAAUUAACCUAAAUACUGUCAAAGACUGUUCAAUUGCCUCUUAAUGAGAAUACUAGUAAACAGAUACAAAUAUCUAUUUCAUUCAAUGUUCAGAACCAUAUCCAUUCUUCCAACUAUCCAACUGAAAACACAAUUCUAUUUCCAAAUAAACAUCAUAAAAAAUGUUGAGAAUUUGAGCAGUUUAGUGGCUAGUGCUUGUGCUGAGUCUAACACAAUGCCUUUUAAUUUCCCCACCCACCUUCAAAAACAACAUACGUGCCUUUUUCCAACUUAUUUUCAAUCAUUCUACAACAAGUAUAGUUUGGUUCAUUAACUUCAGUGGCCUUAACAGUUGCCUGAGAAUGACAAAAGUGUUCAGCUCAAAUCAAAAUUCGGUCAAAUGCAUAAUAAUAAUAAUAAUGGUUUAGCCACACGCACAGUGCCUUCAGAAAGUAUUCACACCCCUAGACUUCUUCCACAUUUUGUAGUUACAAAAUGGGAUGAAAAAUGGAUUUAAUUGUAAUUUAUUUUGUCAAUGAUCUACACAAGAUACUCUAAUGUCAAAGUGGAAGACAAAUUGUAACAUAAAAAAAAAAAAAUUACAUAUAUAAUUUUAAAUUCUACAUCAAUAAAAUAUAUAUGGUGAUUACAUAAGUAUUCAACCCGCUGAGUCAAUACAUCCACACCUGGAUUGUUCUUUUUAAAUUCUUCCAUCUCUGCCAAGUUGGUUGAUGACAGCCAUUUAAGUCUUGCCAUAGAUUUUGAAAUAGAUUUAAAGUCAAAACUGUAACUAGGCCACUCAGGAACAUUCAAUGUCAUCUUGGUAAGCAACUCCAGUGUAUAUUUGGCCUUGUGUUUGAGGUAAUUGCCCUAAUUUGUCAGUUGAAAAGCAGACAGUCAGGGUUUCCUCUAGGAUUUUGCCUGUGCUUAGCUCUAUUAGCUCUAUCUAUUUAUUUUUAUACAAAAAAAAGUCCAUAAUCAUUACUGAUGACAAGCAUACCCAUAACAUGAUGCAGCCACCACCAUGCUUGGAAACAUAACACUUUGUAUGCAGGACAGAGUUAAUUUCUUUGCCAUAUUUUGUGCAGUUUUAUUUUUGCAAUGCCUUAUUGCAAACAGGAUGUAUGUUUUUGAAUAUUUUUAUUCUGUACAGGCUUCUUUCUUUUGACUCAUUUAGGUUAGUAUUGUAGAUAACUACAAUGUUGAUCCAUCCUCAGUUCUAUAACAGCCAUUAAACUCAAACUGUUUUAAAGUCACCUUUGGCCUCAUGGUGAAAUCCCUGAGCGGUUUCCUUCCUCUCCGGCAACUAAGUUAGAAAAGACGCCUGUAUCUUAGUGACUGGGUGUAUUGAUACACCAUCCAAAGUGCAAUUAAUAACUUCGCCAUGCUCAAAGGAAAAUUCAAUGUCUGCUUUUUUUUACCCAUCUACCAAUCUUUGUGAGGCAUUGGAAAAACCUGCCUGGUCUUUGUGGUUGAAUAUGUGUUUGAAAUUCACUGCUCGACUGAGGGACCUUAUAGAUAAUUGUAUGUGUGGGGUACAGAGAUGAGGUAGUCAUUCAAAAAUAAUGUUAAACACUAUUCAACGUAUGUAACUUGUUAAGCACAUUUUUACUCCUGAACUUAUUUAGGCUUGCCAUAAAAGGGGUUGAAUAGUUAGUGAUUCAAGACAUUUCAGCUUUUCAUUUGUAAAUUUGUAGAAGAAAAAAAAAAUCCACUUUGACAUUAUCAGGUAAUGUGUGAAGGCCAGUGACAAAAUCUUUAUGUAAAUCCAUUUUAAAUUCAGACUAACAACACAAUGUGGAGGGUGUGAAUACUUUCUGAAGGCACUGUAGAUGUUAUUUCCCGGCAGGCAUAGCUGAUGUCAGUACACAAUGACAUAAACUAAACUGCCUGUUGGACAACAUCUUCCACCUCCUGAAAUGACCUCUGUGACAAGCAGCAGCAUAUGGACAUCAUCCUAACAGAGGCCUAAUCCACCUCACUGGUUAGUUAAGUAACCUGUCUGAUCAACUCUACCUCAGUGUCAGGUGCACUCAGUAAAAGUCAGUUCCUGUGCUAGCUUCACCAUCUCUACUUGGUACGGUGCCAUAAGGGAGAGAGCCGGGGGGGAGAGAAAGAGAAUAUGCAACGGUACCAGUAUAGAACAUGUUCGUAUAGCUACAGAUGAUAGAGUCACUACUCUGAAAGAGCGAUUGGAUGAAACCUAACAAAAACCAUUGAAUGUAAACUGUGUACCGGUAUGUGUACAGUACUUACCGUGUGUCUCCCGGUUUAUGGAUAGGUGACAGAACUGUUAUACUGAAGGUAACAAAGAAUUUCAGAGAUGAGGGGGGGGGGGGGGG